GAAAUAUUUCCUCUGGCAACUGAAAAGCGCGCCGCCGCCGCCUGCGGGGCCACUGCAGUGUGUGCUGCGGCGAGAGGAUGGGAGGGAGUGUGUGAUGGAGAGAUAGCGGGCGCGAAAGAGAGAGAGAGAGAGAGAGAGAGAGAGAGAGAGAGAGAGAGAGAGAGAGAGAGAGAGGGCAAAGUGAGGAGAGUGCGCAUGUGCAGCAGUGAGGUGCGCUCGCCUGGAACCGACGAAGGAGGAGGAGGAGGAGGUGCUGUUGUGAAGCGGGGCUGAUAAGAGCCCAGGAGAGCGGGACGACAAGGAAAACAAUCCCGUUUGAUUCAAAACCCAGGGGCCAGGAGGACUUAAGCUACAGCAGGGAGGAAGAGGAAGGAUGGAGACAGCUGAGAGAGACGCUCCGACACACCCCGGAGGAGGCAGAGCGGCGGCGUGAAGGACAAAAGAAGAGGGAUGUGGACGUGCCUCCACCUUGCCUCCUCCAUCUUAACAUUGCCUCCAUCCUCAUCCUGCCGGGGAAGCGAACGCCGCCACCUUCUCCUCCCGCUUGCUGAAUAAAGACCCCAACGAGGCUUAAGGUCGACACGCCAAAGCUGUCUGGAGGACGCUUUCUCACCACCGAGAGAGGGAGACAAACAGAGGCCCACACUUUUAGACUGUUAUCGCCUCAUCCGUUUGAAAUCUCAAAGGACGCCUCCCCUUAAAUCGUUGGCCGCCAUCUUGUCAACAAAGACGGGAUCGACCGGGGGGGGGGGGGGGGGGUCUGCUGAGUGAAUUGGGCAGAGCACAAUAUAAAGUUUCACUUGGCCCGACACCGAAUUCACUUGGAGACACUUGGAAUUGGAUCGUUCUGCCCCGUGAAUGCAACCAUCCGCCAACCUGUCGCGUGCGUGCAUCUAAUGUGAUCGCUUGGUGCUAACUGUGUGAAUAUCAUGUUAUUUUAAUAGGUAAAGUGGCCAACACCGGUCAAGGAAGCUGGACUGUUUCUUCUUAAGCUUUGAAUUAAGGUGCUCUGGCUCAACUCUUCAACCCAGCAAGCCCUCCCAAGGAUUCAGGCUGACAGGAGCCUUCAUCAGGGUCGGGGGCGGGGUCUCUCAAGGCAACAUGGAGGCAGCGCUUCGUCCACAUGUGCCCUCUAAUGGCUGACUUUAACAUCGCAACACGACCGAGUUCUCUUGCCUAGAACCAGGCAAGGGUGUCCCACUCCCCCUUUCGAGCCUCUUUGCGUCCACUUCCGAAAUCCAAAUGUCUUGCCUGAGGCGUCAGCCCGUCACCAUCCCAAUGGACACGGUCAAGAUCAUCCAGUCCGAGAAGUUCCCCAGAGAGUGCACGGUGCCCGUCACCCAGCCUCGCUUCGCCCCGCCCCCCAGGGUAGCGUGGGACGGCGGCGGCGAGGGGGAGAUCAUCGUCAACCAGGCCUGCAGCGACCUGAAGCUGGACGUGACGGUGGCGACCCCCAGGCCCAUGCCGUCCCCGCAGACCCCCGUCGUCGUCCGCAGGGAGCAGAGCUUCUUAGCGCAGCGCAAAACCAGUGCCAACGAGAUCUGCUACCACCAGUUCCACUACAAGAUGGAGGACGUCAUCGUCAAUCAGUACGUGCUGCGCUCCUCCUCCACGUCCUCGUCAUCGUCCUCGACCUCUUCGGGGCCCCCCGUGCCCUGCGAGCCCCUGGACUGCCCCACCUGCGGCCACACCUACAACUUCGCCGGCAAGCGCCCUCGCAUCUUGUCCUGCCUGCACUCGGUGUGCGAGGAGUGCCUGCAGAUCCUUUACGAGUCGUGCCCCAAGUACAAAUUCAUCUCCUGCCCCACCUGCCGCCGCGAGACCGUGCUGUUUACCGAUUACGGCCUGGCGGCGCUCGCCAUCAACACCAGCAUCCUGAGCCGGCUGCCCGCCGACCCCAACGGGCCCGUGCAGUGGGGCGGAGACGUCGACCGCAGCUGCUACCAGACUGUGCGCCAGUACUGCCAGUCGGCCUGCACCUGCCACAUCGCCAACCCGUUGUCCUCCUGCGGCAUCAUGUAGACAAAAUGCGGGCGCCGCGUAAACGCUGCUCAGCCACACCUUUGUCGACUAUAAGCUCUCCCCCUUACCCUCACGUGUAUACACACACACACACA